AUGGAGGUUCAGUGUCUUCAAUCUCGCAACCUGUGUGAGCUGCAGUCUGGGGAGGAGGAUAGUCAGAUCAGAUUAUCUGGCUCUGGAUCUACUCAGUGCUCUGGAAGAGUUGAAAUCUAUCACAACAAUGUCUGGGGAACAGUCUGUGAUGAUGGCUGGGACUUAAAUGAUGCUCAGGUGGUGUGCAGACAGUUGGGCUGUGGUACAGCAGUGAGUGCCCCUCAGUCGGCCCAUUUUGGUGAAGGAACUGGACAAAUCUGGCUUGAUGACGUGGACUGUUCAAGAAACGAAAGGUCUCUAACUGAGUGUCAGCAUGGAGAAUUUGGGACACACAACUGUGGUCAUCAUGAGGAUGCCGGGGUGGUCUGUUCAGGUGUGCAGAUCAGAUUAAGUGACACUGUGGCUCGGUGCUCUGGAAGAGUUGAAAUCUAUCACAACAAUGUCUGGGGAACAGUCUGUGAUAACGGCUGGGACUUAAAUGAUGCUCAGGUGGUGUGCAGAGAGUUAGGAUGUGGUACAGCACUGAUUGCCCCUCAUUCAGCCCGUUUUGGUCAAGGAACUGGACCAAUUUGGCUCAAUGAUGCGGCCUGUUCAGGAAGUGAAUUGUCUCUAAAUGACUGUCAGCACAACAGUUUUGGGACACACAACUGUAACCACAGUGAGGAUGCCAGUGUGGUCUGUUCAGAUGAUCAUAUCAGGUUAAUUGGAUCUACUCGGUGCUCUGGAAGAGUUGAAAUGUUUCACAUUUACACCUGGGGAACAGUCUGUGAUGAUGACUGGGACUUAAAUGAUGCUCAGGUGGUGUGCAGACAGUUGGGCUGUGGUACAGCACUGAGUGCCCCUCAGUUGGCCCAUUUUGGUCAAGGAAGAGGAGAAAUCUGGCUCGAUGAUGUGGCCUGUUCAGGAAGUGAAAGGUCUCUAACUGAGUGUCAGCACAGAGGAUUUGGGACACACAACUGUGGACACAGUGAGGACGCUGGUGUGAUCUGUUCAGAUUGUGGAAUAAGCGGCUGUGUGCAGAUCAGAUUAUCUGCUUCUGGAUCUAGUCGGUGCUCUGGAAGAGUUGAAAUCUAUCACAACAAUGUCUGGGGAACAGUCUGUGAUGAUGGCUGGGACUUAAAUGAUGCUCAGGUGGUGUGCAGACAGUUGGGCUGUGGUACAGCACUGAGUGCCCCUCACUCGGCCCAUUUUGGUCAAGGAACUGGACAAAUCUGGCUCGAUGAUGUGGCCUGUUCAGGAAGUGAAAGUUCUCUAACUGAGUGUCAGCACAGAGGAUUUGGACAACACAACUGUCAUCAUAGUGAGGACGCUGGUGUGAUCUGUUCAGGUGUGCAGAUCAGAUUAGCUGGUUCUGGAUCUACUCGGUGCUCUGGAAGAGUUGAAAUCUAUCACAACAAUGCCUGGGGAACAGUCUGUGAUGAUGACUGGGACUUAAAUGAUGCUCAGGUGGUGUGCAGACAGUUGGACUGUGGUACAGCACUGAGUGUCCCUCAGUCGGCCCAUUUUGGUCAAGGAAGUGGACGAAUCUGGCUGAGUAUUGUGGCCUGUUCAGGAAAUGAAAGUUCUCUAACAGAGUGUCAGCACAGAGGAUAUGGACAACACGACUGUGGACACAGUGAGGACGCUGGUGUGAUCUGUUCAGAUAUCAGAUUAUCUGGUUCUGGAUCUACUCGGUGCUCUGGAAGAGUUGAAAUCUAUCACAACAAUGUCUGGGGAACAGUCUGUGAUGAUGACUGGGACUUAAAUGAUGCUCGGGUGGUGUGCAGACAGUUGGGCUGUGGUGUAGCCCCUCAGUUGGCUCGCUUUGGACAAGGAACUGGACAAAUCUGGCUCAGUAAUGUGGCCUGUUCAGGAAGUGAAAGUUCUUUGACUGACUGUCAGCACAGAGGAUUUGGGACACACAACUGUCAUCAUAGUGAGGACGCUGGUGUGAUCUGUUCAGUGACUCUGCAGCAGCCCAGCAUCUCCCUGACAUCUCCUAACAAAGGGCUGGUCUGGAGUCCUGAAGGUGCAGAGAUCACCAAGGGUUACAGCUUUGUCAUCACCUGCUCCAUUAACUCCAGAUAUUCAGAAGGCCAUUUCAUUCUCAUCUUCUCUGGCUCCAACAUCACCAACACCAAACCAGCAGUCAACCAGUCAGCCUCCUUUGACUUCCCUGUAGCUGAGUAUGAACACCAGGGAAACUACAGCUGUGUGUAUGAAGUCACACUGUCCUCAAGGAAAUUCACUUCUACUGAGACAGCAACAAUGAGUGUCACCAUUAAAUUUCUUUUCUUGCCGCUGUUCUCUUCAGUAGUUGGUCUGCUGCUGCUGCUGCUGCUGCUGCUGCUGCUGCUGGUCUUGGUGGUGGUCUGCAUGGUGUUCAGAAGAAAACAACAAGAAACACAGCGUGGAACUGGCGUCCAAAUGACUGUCACAGACCAUGAUGAAGAUGAAGAGCAACAGCAUCAUGUAAACGUUGAACCAGUGCACUCCAAGCAAACAAGAGGGUUGGAAGGAGAGGAGAGUGAUGAAGAUCAUGACUAUGAGAAUGAAUGAUUCUGCGGGAAACAACAAAACUAUGUUUACUGUCUAGGGCAAUAAAGAGAAAGAGUUGGACCAAAGCAGUGACGCUGGUUACUAUGGAAAUGUGUAGCAGCCUUUUGUUGAAGACACUGCAGACAAAGAAAAAUUGCAAUGCAAACCUUUACUGACCAGCAGAAUCACAGGGGUGAUCAUGGAUGAAUUUAGCACUAUCAAAAUAUGAAUAUACUAGAGGUCUAUAAUGUUAUUAACCUGCUGUCUGUGCUUAACAAAUAAUGAAUAAAUUCUAGGUUCUUACAGCAGUAACAUCAGUGUGAGAUGCACUCCUUGAAAUUAUUUUUUCCCCUCACCUGUCACUGUGG